CUCUAAAAGGCAGAAGGAGAUGCGUUGGCUGCUUUUGCGGAUUCCGUAUAAAGAAUAUAAAGCAUGGCGCGUGUUAGCUGCAGAUAAUUGUCGCUGAGUGUGUGUGUGUGUGUGUGUGUGUGUUUACUGUAAUCGCUUUGGAUCUGCGGUGGCAUUGGACAGGAUGGCGAGGCGCGCGCUUGAGGAGCGCUGUUGGCACAUCGCGCACCUUUACACCAUUUAUUUUAUUCUCCUUUUACAAUGCACUGUCUUCUGCCAAAACACAGCGCACGCGGGUGUGCUGAGCAGUUUGGACCUCUAUGAGGUGACUUACCCUAAGUGGCUGAACCCAAGAAGCAAAAGAGCAGCUCAUACACACACAAGGCAUCCAUCAGAGGUAGACAUCAAGAUUACUGCAGAGGGAAUGGAGCUGGUUCUCCAACUGCAUAGAAAUGAAGAGCUCUUGGCCACCAACUAUCAAGAGAUAUGGUACGGUCCAAACGGUUCACGUUAUUUCUCCAAGCCAUCCAGUAGGGAUCACUGUUAUUAUCAUGGCACAGUGAGAGGAGCCGAGCACUCCAGUGUUGUUCUUAGCACCUGUUCUGGACUCAGGGGCAUGAUAGCUUUGAACCACAGUAUAGCGUACAUGAUAGAGCCUCUGGCCAAUCACAGCAUCUCUCAGGGCCAUGCAGUGUUCCGUGCUGAGAGCCUGAAAAUACCCAUGAGCACCUGCAGUCAACACUAUGGAGGGGAGAACCACACAGACAAGCUGAAUGAGCUGAUUGGUGGGAUUGCACAGGCCAGUCAGGCCACAAGGGAAAAGAGAGAUGUCAGUCGCAGUAUGAAGUACGUGGAGCUGAUGAUGGUGGCUGAUCACGCUGAGUUUGUGAAACAUGGUAAUGACCUGGAGAAGACUAAAAUGAAGCUACUUGAAGCCGCUAACUAUGUGGACAAGUAUUACAAAGCACUAAACAUCCGUGUAGCCCUGAUCCUGUUGGAGGUUUGGAAUGACGGGAAUAAGAUCAGUGUAACGGAAAACCCUUACAGCACCCUGGAGGCGUUUCUGACCUGGAGAAGGAAACAGUUGCGACAGCUGCCCAAUGACAACGCACAGCUCAUCACGGGUGUGCCGUUCCAGGGGACUACGAUAGGACUGGCUCCUCUUAAAGCCAUGUGCUCAGAACACCAGUCUGGAGGAGUUAACUCGGACCACUCUGAACUUGCAGUUGGAGUUGCUGCCACAAUGGCUCAUGAGAUGGGGCAUAAUUUUGGGAUGAACCAUGACAGUGAGGGCUGCUGCCAGGCCACGCCAAACGAUGGCGGGUGCAUCAUGGCUGCAGCUACUGGACACCCGUUCCCCCGCGUGUUUAACCCGUGUAACCAGGCAGAGCUGAAGCGCUAUCUGAACUCAGGUGGUGGAAAAUGUCUGUUCAAUCUUCCAAACACUCGGGUCAUGUACGGAGGCCAGCGCUGUGGCAACGGCUACCUUGAGGAGGGGGAGGAGUGUGACUGCGGAGAGGUGGAGGAAUGUUCCAGUCCUUGCUGUAACGCUAAUAACUGCACACUGAAAGCAGGUGCUGAGUGUGCCGAAGGAGUUUGCUGCGAGAACUGCAGGUUGAAGAGUCCAGGAGUUCUUUGUCGUGGUGCCUCGGGUUCCUGUGACCUACCCGAGUACUGCGAUGGUAAAUCAGAGUCCUGCCCUGCUAAUUUUUACCUGGUGGAUGGCAGCCCCUGUGCACAUGACCAGGCUUACUGUUACACAGGCAUGUGCUUGACCCUGGAGCAGCAGUGCCAAUCUCUCUGGGGGAAAGAUGCCCAACCUGCUCCGGAUCUGUGCUUCACUGAGGUAAAUAGGGCUGGAGAUUCCUAUGGAAACUGUGGCAAAAACCUUAUGGGUAACUACAGGAAGUGCAUUGAGAGGGAUGCUAAAUGUGGCAAGAUACAAUGUCAGAGUUCUGCUACCAAGCCCAUUGGAACCAAUGCAGUCUCUAUCGACACCACUAUCCACCUCGGCCAGCGUAAGAUUCUGUGUCGAGGUACACAUGUCUAUCGGCCUGGUAAGGGAGAGGAGGGUCUGGGAGACACACUUGACCCUGGGCUGGUUAUGACUGGAACCAAGUGUGGGGACAAUGCAAUUUGUUUUGGUGGGGAGUGUCGUAACGCAUCCUUCCUGCAAGCGGAUAAGUGCAAUGCCAAAUGUCAUGGCCGUGGGAUGUGUAACAACAAUCAUAACUGCCACUGCGACACAGGGUGGGCACCACCUUACUGUGAGGAAGCGGGUAAUGGCGGCAGCAUGGACAGUGGCCCUUUGACCACAAAAAGAAACCCACUUGUUCUUCUGGUGCUCCUCCCUGUGGUUCUCUCCUUGGGAUUGGGACUUCUGUUCCUUUACUGGUGCUACAAGCGGAAGCUUCAUUCUUUGAAAGAUGUGGCUCACCCACCUCGCGAAAUAUCCACUAAUGUACCAGCUUCUCCAGACUCCAAAACUCCUGCUAGUGGUCACACCAACCCAACAUUCCAGCUAAAGAAACCUUACAUGGACAAAACGGAGGCUAACCAGCAAACAAAUCCUACCGGUACACCAAGAUCAAGACAUUCCGCUGUCCGGCCCAUGGUCAAACCUCCACCAGUCCCUGCACAACAGCAGAAGAGUCCGCCACUCUCAGAGACCAUCUCCAGCUCUUACCCAUCUCCAUCUGUGGCACCAAAACCUAGACCAAACCCUCCAAGCCGACCGCCUCCACCUCGUCCUUUUACUAAACCAGCUCUGAUCAAAAAGGUGAGGACCUAUCAAAAGGCCCACAAGUAUCACCAGCACUGUUGCAGAAAGAAAAAACCAAUCUGGCGCCCUCUGCUGGAAAUCUCAGGAAUCAGACUGAAGCAAGCAGAAAAAGCUGAGGCGUCAUCAGAUUUUUGGAGAGCAUGGGCAUUACUCUUCUAUGCAGAGGAUCCUUAUAAUGGCAUACUGGAACAAUGUGCAACCUUCAGGCAUUUUUACAUCAUUACCAGUGACUGUGAAGACUGCCUACAUCCAGCACCACGUUUGCCUAAUACACUUGAAAAAAAAUCCUAGUGUAAUAUACUUGUUGCAUUGAACUUUGUUUUGGUGCUCUUCCAAUGUUCAUGUGCCAUAUCUGUAGGGUUUAUUUCAUACCUAUUUAUUACACAGGCUACACAGAAAUGCUGCCGUUCAGUAUGAGCAUUCAGAAUAUACAGAAUAUGUCAUUCUAGUAGUUACACACGUUAACACACACAUUAACACAUAUUAACUGGAAUAUCAUAUAUGAGUUUUGCACUUGGUAUAUGAAAAAAAGGAAAUGCAUAGCAAUAAUAGUCAGAAGAUACUGAUUAAUUGUGCAGUGAUUUCUCAGUAGCCUGUUUUGUUUCUGUGUUUUUUACUGUCUCCCUUUUAUUUUCUAUCAGGAGAAUAAUUGCAAAAUGCUGAAAAUUGUUUAUGUAUACAAGGCAUCAAUUCAGUUGUGUCUAUUCUGUAACAAUCCAGCGAGAUGUGCCUGGUUUUUAUUCUCUUCACUUGCUCCAUUUAGGAGAAUGUGACAAAAUGCACCUUAUGAUGUUUACAAUAAGGGUGUCAGGGAAUGUAUAGUAAAGGCAUACUGUACAGUAAAGUUAAGACUCUCAGCUUUUAAAAUGUCUGUUUGCUGGGAUAAGCAAUUGAAUGUGUCUGAAAGAUAUCUCCUCAUAAUGUCACCAUUUUUCAUAAAUAUACUGUGUUGUAGAGCUCAUCUCAGUCAGUCACCAGAGCAUUUCUUCAGUGAAAGAGUUGGAUUUUAAGGCAUGUGUCUUCAAUCUGUUUAUCAUAGUAAUAUUAACAUUUGGAAAUGCUCAGAAUUUAGUGUAUAAAGUAGAAUUAACAUAUGUCAUAACAUAAGCAGCUGAAUGGGUAAAAAAUUAAUACAUUUUGUUUUUGCCUUUUCUAUUUCUGAAUUUAAUUAAAAGAUUGAAAAUUUCUCUUUUUUUACAUUUUACACUAUAAGGAUAUGAAAAUCAUACAUUAGAGGAACGCGGUUGACUGAUGAUUGUGUGAAUGGCUAGGGAUUUCGAUGCUGUUAAAGAGGGACCAUGUAAAAUGAGAAAACACACUGUGAAACUCACAAUAAUGACCAUUUGAACUAAACAAACAACAGAAUUAACUGGAAGGUCCAUUUCAAAUGCAGCCUACACCAAUGUAGUGCGAUGGACUAAUUACAGGCUGUUGUCCUUGGUUCCUUGGUUUACUUGCACCUUGUUGAGUCAUGUGCUUUCUGUCAUUAAGGGAAAAUGAUAUUAAAGUGUUAUUGUAAAUUAAUCCUGGAAAUGGAUUUAGCCGAUGCCUUUAAUCACAGAUGGAUUUUGAGUUGCAAAAGCAGAUCAAAUAAAAUUUGAUUAAAAAUGUUUUUGUCAUUAGAAUAUUUGUGUUGUAUUAAACUGAUUGUAUUAAAGCAAUGAUUUUUAUGUAAUAGUUUAUAUUU